UCCGGCGCUGCGCAAUAAGCGGCCGGCAGUUCCCUGUGCACGCCACUCGUCGGAGAGACACACCGAGCGCAGACAUGGUUUCCACUUUGCCAACCACCUGGGGGACUCACGACAGCCAGUUCACAUCAGCCAGCACGGAGAACACAUCCUUUACUUGGACCACAGAUCAGAGCAGCACAACAGCCACUAAGGACACAUUAUUAGUGAUUGGCCUAGCGGUUGGCAUCCCCAUCUCUGUGGUCAUCAUUGCUGCAGUAGUCACAGCCGUUAUUAUCAUCACUAAAAGACGGCAAAAGAAUCUGCCGCAGGCCCCCAAGCAGUCCAAAGACCCAGAGAGUCAGGCUAAAGACCCAGCGAGACAGGAGAAGCAGAAGCCCUGCAAUGAAUACGAAAUAAUGGGCACGAGGAUCACACAGAACAUGUAUUACCAGGAUUUCCAGACACACUCUGAUGACCUUUAUGAGAACUCGGACAGCAUCAAGAAGAAUAUGGGCCAAAGGAGACAAGCGGGUGGGAGUCAUGGAGCAGUGGGCCACCGUGCAGUGAAUCCUGCCAAUGGCUCGACACCCAGAGUAGCGAAGCAAGAAGAACCGAUUUAUGAAAAAUACCUGCCAGAGAAUAAUUGUGUCUAUGUCAAUCAAGAAGUUGUGAAGAAGUUCCAAAGAAAACCGUACCAGUGAAGGGAGCCGCCAUAUGCACACCACACCUGCACUUUACAGAAAAUGACAAUAGGAUGACAGUUGGGGUGGAGGCUGGAUGGUGUCAGCCUGACUUUUUCUAACAUCUUGCUCAUGCUUGUUCCUUCAUUGGUUCCAUGAAAAUGCCUUACCGGAUGGUCUGAGCAGUGGCGGUGGCGCCACCUGUUGGAAUUUACUGUUCAGAUUAAAAUGAUUAAAGAGGAACAGGUAGGUCAUGGAAAUGAGAACGAGGAACAUUUGCUUCAAGAUAUGCAGAUCGCUGUAGAAGGAGGUGACGCCAUACGCGAUGGGGCAUUCGUCGUCUGUUUUCCAUCUCUCCUCGCUUCACAUGGAUGCACGAUUUCAAGCAUUUGUCUGUCACCCUGAAGCGUUUCCUCACAUGGAUGCACAGUUUCUAUUUUUUUAAUUUAAUACAGCAUUUUCAGACAUGUAAUAA